GUGUGUGUGUGUGUGUGUGUGUGUGUGUGUGUGUGUGUGUGUGUGUGUGUGCGUGUGUGUGUGUCAGUGUGUUUAUUUGGCAGAGAGGAUAUGUAGCAAUGAUCUUUUGAGAUUGUUAGGCCAUGCAUUUUACUGUGGAAUAUUAGGUGUAUUUGUUCAGCACAAAGAGUGUAGAUCAGAUUUCACAAGGAUAGGCAUAGGAAACAAAUUAUUCAAAAUUAUUUGAAUUCGAGAAGGAUUAAUGAACUACCAAAGUUUUUUUAUGAAGGCAUAAUUUGCAUAUGAAGGACUGCUUUGGGACUGUUUUGGGUAUUGUAUACGUAAAUUAGCAAGUUUACAAAACAAAUCAUUGAGAUAUGCGAUAUCAAUAUGCCUCCGCAGAAAGUAAGAAAAUAUAUUGUCACCUGUCAUUUGUUUGUGUAUGUUAGUAAGGACAUUUCAAAUCAGAUUGUACCCACAAGAGCCUGCUAUUUUGUCUGAGAAAUCCAUUGUCCUUUUGUUUGUGUGCUAUGGAUUACUCUGGCGUUUUAGCCAGACAUGUAUAUUUAAAAAAUAAAACAAAUUGUUUCCACAGUUGUUAUGAAGUGUGUAUUUGCUACAUAUUCGUGGCAGCGUCUAUGUCGGUCACACAUCAUCACAAUUAAUGUCAGUAUGAAAUACAAUCUAUUUGAUAUACUUUGCAUACAUAUUUUGUGCAUUUAUUAUUGUUGAGAGACUAAGAGAUGCAAAGCUUGUUAAAGAACGUUUUACCUGGUUUCCAUACAAAGCCAUGGCAGAGGAACAGGAUCGUUUGUUAUUCAAAUCUCGUAGACUACUUAAGGCGAUGGUAAGCCCAGAGGAAUGGUUCAGGACGUUGGAGAUAGCAGGGGUAGCAAUGGAAGUCAGUAUGAAUGAACUUGCAUUUAAAGUGCUGAAUGGGCCUGUCUCUAUCCUCAACUUAGUUGCCUACGUCUUUUUUGCAUUCUGUCUUUUUUGCCAGCGCGAUGGAACAGACGUGCUCAAGCAACCACUGAGGGCCUUACUGGUGUCUCUUGUGACGUUCAUGGCAACUAUUGAAAUAGUCACUGUUGUUUAUGUUUUCUAUGCUUUUUCACAUUUUUAUGUUAUGGAUUUUUUGCUUUUCGGCAUUGAGUGCAGCUUCACCACAGUGGUGUGGCUCAAUGUCUUCUACUUCUCUCAAAUUGUACCGCCUCAGAGUACCUUUUCCAUUUGGUUGAAGAGGAACAUCAAGUGCACUGUAUACAGUGUGAUGAUCUUCGACAAGUUUCUCUUUCUUGCUGAUAUUCCGUUGAUACUGCUAUGGCAAUACAACAUCAACAGCACUUCAACGAGCUCAAACACAACAACUAUUCAGGAUUUCCUGGUGGAGCCCCUAGCGGUUUUGUAUUUCUCUCGACUGGUGUACUUUCUCCUCAGUCUCGUUGUGAUGAUGGCAUCCAGCUGGGCCACGGUGUCCUACCUGAGGCGUCACCUGAAGAACAUGGAGUCAAGCAGAAGCCCCUUCACCUCCUCCAUGCACAGGCAGCUUAGAGUGACUAUCACAGGCUCUUUGCAAGCAGUUCUCUAUUUCCUCUGUACUACAUGGUUCCUACUGGCUCAUUUGCUUUCCAACAUCAGCCAUGGACGUUUUGAUUCUAAUAGCUAUAUCUUCUUUACUGUCAUGUCUAUGUACUGCUUUGGGACGGCUAUAAAUGUGGGUGUCGGACAGUCUUUAUUCAGGAACAGGGCGGUUGGCUGGUGGCACAAAGUGUCAGAUAUUUCAAUUUUACGAAGGACAUCUGUGACAAAUGCAUAG